AUUAAAUUAGUGAAAGCAAAAUGAGCAGGAGUUCUAUUUCAAAUCAUGAAGAGGAAAAGCACACUGGUGGUGCAAAACUCUCUGAGGAAGAAAUUACAGUAGAAAAUCCCCAAUGGAUGGGUGGUACUGCUGGAGGCUACAGAACUUUCGAAGUCAACUCAAAAUUGUACGGAGAGAACCAAAAAGUUAUAAGAAGAUACUCUAACUUUGUAGCUUUAUGGAACAAACUAGUGACUGCUUACCCUGAAUGUGUCAUACCAAUAUAAUUCCAGAAAAAUCUUACACUGAGAAAAUCACUAACAACGAAUCUGAGGACACUCAGAAAAGGAUGAGGGGCUUUAAGAGAUUUUUGAAUACCAUUAAAGAUCACCCAGUUUUGAGAGAGUCAGAGGAGCUAAGGAAGUUCUUACUUGAUACUGAUUAUGCUACCUCCAAGUCCCAGACAGAGAAUGAGAAUCUUGAAGAAGAUACCUCUACUGUGAGCAAAAUAGUCUACAGUUGGUGGGAUACAAUAAAAACGACAGUAACUGGCUCCAAAUCCAGCUCUGAGCCUAGAGGACAAGAGCAAACAGAUUUUGAUUACCAGUCUGAUCUCCAGAAGUGUCAAAAUCUGCUUGAUUUUGUCACUAGGUUGCAUUCAAACUCCAUUUCUCUUCAGCAGUUGCUGAAUGAUGAAUACGAGAAUACCAGAAAUAUCGGAACAGUGAUGGGAAAUCUCCAGUCAAGUAUCGGAGAACUCGAAGGUAUCAACCAAAAAGAGUCUGCUUCCAAAGAUGACCCAAACUCUAGCGAGGAAGAGAAGAGCAUGGAUGUAGGCUCUUCCUACGCUAGGUCUACUACUACAGAUGUCCUUCAAGAAUCCACCAACAGUAUGGACCAAGAGAACAAGAACGAUAAGGACCUAAGCAAGGUGAUUAUCUCUAUGGAAGAAGGCAUAGAUAUCAUCAGAUCUGCCAUUAGCGCUAUCGAAAGGAGAAAUAGCUACAAAAAGGCUAUAGAAAAUCUUAAUGACGACAUCUCCACUCUUAACUCUAGCGGUGAAGAGAAAAACAGAGAAAAAGAACAGAAGACUAAAAAGGUAGAUCAAAUCAAAACAGAUUUGAUCAAGAUUGAUCAAAACUUGCGGGAUGAAAUUAGCCAAAGGAUUGAGACCAUUGAGAGGAAGACCCAAGGUUAUAUCAGCAAACUGGUAAAGGCUAGGAAGACCCAUCUUGGCAUCCAGAAGAGUAAGUGGGCUAGUAUUUCCAACAAGUAUUCAUCCAUUAAAGCUUAA